UCUUUCGGGUUUGAGGGAAUUUCGUGCCGGUUUGUUUUCGAGUUACAAUCAAAUUUUGCUCCAGUUUUUGUCGUGAGUUGAAUCGCCUCAAGUAAUGCUUUUUACUAGUUGUAACCUGACUAAGCGACGAUUAUUUAUAACUUACAAGCAAACGAGAGACACGUGGACCCAGACUCAUCGUGGACCGGGACAAUCACUAGCCGUUGAACAGUGGGCUUGGAGUUUUAGAAGCAGCAAAAGCAUCUCACAUUUAUCGCCAUCAUCAUUGUCUGUUGUGCCCUGGUGGCGUUCGUGGCAGUUUCUGCGUGGAAAAUACAAACAUUCAACGCAGGCGCGCUUUUUACCCGCCUCCUCGUGGUCCUCGAACGUAGCCCUCGUGGUCCCACAACGUCUCGUCCGUAGCCGGCCGGUUUAUUUACGACCACUGUCAUACCAACCUUAUCAUCAUCAUCAUUGCCAUCCCAACAAACCGAUUAUUCUCGGUACGCCGGAUAUCUUUACAGCACAAAUUGCCAGAGCAAAGUGUUUGAAAAAUAUUUGCAAUCGCUUUCAUCGCGAUUGCAACGAAAGUGAAUCAAAAGUCUGCUUUUUAAACACCGCUUGUUGGGUGAAACGAUUCUCCACUGCGACAAACACUGUUGGUGGUGUUCGUGACGACCGUGCGGUGGUGAUUCAAGAUAAAAGAUCUCUUGCCCAGGAGAGCAUUGAUAGUGACAGCAGUGCAGUAGGUAAAAGCGUAACACCAGUUUUCAGCAUCCACCGAGAAGCUGAUACCGACAUCAUGUCAACCAAACCUGCCUUCCAGCGGCUACCCACGAAUGUGGUUCCGGAACGGUACGAACUGCGCUUGAAACCAAAUUUGAAGGAUUUUACGUUCGAAGGAAGUACGUCAGUCCAGGUUCAGGUGAAAUCAGCAACCGAUCGCAUUACAGUCAAUGCUUUGGAUCUUUCUAUCAACAAAGCAACAGUCAGCUUCAACAAUGAUAGCACUGUGCUCACGGCUAGUGAAACUAAAUUCUGCUCCGAUCAGGAAACAGCAUGUUUUGUUUUCCCAUCGGAGGUGCCCGUUGGACUGGCCACUCUACGGGUUGAAUUUACCGGAGAGCUGAACGAUAAAAUGAAGGGCUUCUAUCGGAGCAAGUAUUUCAGCCCGUCCGGCGAAGAACGAUUUGCUGGAGUCACUCAGUUCGAGGCAACCGAUGCAAGACGAUGCUUCCCCUGCUGGGACGAACCGGCUAUCAAAGCGACCUUUGAUAUCACCCUAGAAGUGCCAAAGGAACUUGUGGCCCUUUCGAAUAUGCCGGUUGUACAAGAAAGCGAAACAUCGGAUGGAUUACGUGUGCUCAAAUUCGAUCGGUCACCGAUCAUGUCCACAUACUUGGUAGCUGUCGUUGUUGGUGAGUUUGAUUUCGUCGAAGGAAAAUCCAAAGACGGCGUUGUAGUACGAGUAUACACUCCGAUUGGCAAGAACGAACAGGGCAAAUUUGCGCUGGAUGUGGCAAUUCAGGUUCUUCAUUAUUAUAAUUCCUAUUUUUCUAUUGAGUAUCCUUUGCCAAAAAUGGACUUGGUGGCUAUUAGCGAUUUCUCUGCCGGAGCUAUGGAAAACUGGGGUUUAGUAACCUAUCGCGAAACGUUUGUCCUCGUGGAUGCGGAGAAUACUUCUCUUAUUCGGAAACAGUCGAUUGCUCUGACCGUUGCACAUGAAAUCGCUCAUCAAUGGUUCGGAAAUCUGGUAACAAUGGAAUGGUGGACGCAUCUGUGGUUGAACGAAGGAUAUGCAUCUUUUGCUGAAUUCUUAUGUGUGAAUCACCUGUUCCCACACUAUUCCAUAUGGAAUCAGUUCAUAACUGAUAUGUACACCCGUGCCUUAGAACUGGAUUGUCUUAAGAACUCACACCCAAUUGAGGUUCCAGUCGGUCAUCCGGCAGAAAUUGAUGAAAUCUUCGAUGAGAUCAGUUAUAACAAAGGUGCCAGCGUCAUCCGUAUGCUUUAUCAUUACCUUGGUGAUAGUGAUUUCAAGAAAGGUAUGAACCUGUACCUCACUCGUCAUAAAUAUAAAAAUACAUUUACGGAAGAUUUAUGGAACGCUUUUGAGGAAACAAGCGACAAACCAGUAGGAAAAAUUAUGCCAACAUGGAUAAAACAAGUAGGAUUUCCUGUGGUUAAAGUAAUAUCUUCCGAACAGAAAGGUUCUACUCGAGUUCUCAAAUUGGAGCAAGAAAAGUUUUGUGCAGAUGGAUGUCAACCAGAAAGCAAAUUUCGUUGGAUGAUUCCGAUUACAAUUUCUACUCCUAAAGCCGAGAAAGCGCACUCGUUCAUCAUGAGCGAAGAUGCCACUGAAGUCACCGUAGAGAAUGUCGAGCCUACCGAUUGGGUGAAGCUCAAUCCUGAAUCUAUUGGCUACUACAGAACACAAUACACGGCCCAAAUGUUGGAUCAAUUCCUACCAGAAAUCAGUUGUAACAAAAUGCAUGCCCUUGAUCGUUUGGGUCUGCUGGAUGAUUUGUUUGCGCUGGUACAAGCUGGCCGGAGUUCUACUGUUGAUGCUCUAAAAGUAAUGGACGCUUGCCGUAACGAAUGCGACUACACCGUAUGGUCAUCGAUUUCCAACUUUUUAUCAAAGCUUCAACUUCUUCUUUCCAACACUGAUAUGGAACAACAUUUGAAUCAAUAUGGAGUACGCUUGUACCAACCAAUUGCUGAAAAGUUAGGUUGGACAGUAAAACCCGAUGAAAACCAUUUAGAUACGCUGUUGAGACCACUUGUCCUCAGUCGUUUAGUCUCUUUCCGCUGCUCAAAGACUGUUCAGGAAGCCAAAUCGAGGUUUAAGGAGCACGCCAGUGCCACACGCGUAUUACCAGCAGAUCUUAGAAGUGCUUGCUACAAAGCUGUUCUUCAAAAUGGUGACAUGGAAACGUUCAAUGAGAUGCUGCGCUUGUACAGGGCUUCAGACUUGCAUGAAGAAAAGGACCGUAUAUCUAGGGCACUGGGUUCUAUCGGGAACGUAGACAUACUACGCAAAGUCAUCGAAUUUGCCAUGUCGGAUGAGGUGCGCUCCCAGGAUGCCGUUUUUGUAAUUGUUUCCGUUGCCAUGAAUCCAAAGGGACGCGAUAUGACAUGGAACUAUUUCAAGGACAACUGGAAAGUUCUAUUGGAUCGUUACGAAGGAGGUUUCCUGUUGUCUCGCCUCAUUAAGUAUCUCACUGAAAAUUUUGCCACCGAAGAACGUGCCAUAGAAGUUGAAACCUUCUUCAAGGAUCACGAGUUCCCCGGAACAGAAAGAACGGUUUCCCAAUCAAUCGAAACCAUAAGACUAAACGUUUCCUGGUUGAAACGCGACUUAGCAGGAAUAUCUGCUUAUUUAAAACAAUAAAGCAUCGUAUCGUCGGACGAAUGGAUGCAACUAUUUAUUGAUAACUAAUGCUUUAUAAACUUAAACAUCACGCACUUUUCAAAGGCUUUAAAUUGCAUGAAUAUCAAAAGACCAAUAAUUCUUGUUCGAAUUUGUUUUGAAAAUUUUGAUUUAUUAUCAGUGCCCGAAGUAGUAGCAAAUGGAUUAUAGGUCUUCGAAAGAUAACUACUUCUAUUCAAUACAUACUUCAUUCAGGCAUCCAACAAGAUUUAUGCAUGUUGAACAUUGGUAUAAUA